AGCGCAUCUAGCCAUGCCCUGGAACGACACUCGACCAUGGAUCAAAGACCCAGCCACUCGAUUCCGCUCGCCACCCGAUCCCGCCGUCCUCGCUCGCCUCGCCGACGCGCACUGCCACCCUGUCGACGACGACACCUUCUCCCCCGAGGCGUUGCGAGGGCUCUCUGCCGGUACAAUCUGCGCCAUGAGCUCGUCGCUCUCGAACCAGGAGCGCAACACCGCCGUCUACGCCGCCAGCCCGGCCACCGUCGUCCCUUUCUUCGGCCUGCACCCGUGGUUCUCCCACCCGAUCUCGUUCUCUCCCCCUUCCUCGCUCCCGACCAAAGACGAGCACUACUCGCGCCUCUUCACCGACCCGGCCAAUCCCGACGCGCCACAUCCUUCUCUCGCCGACCUCCUUCCUCACCUACCCGACCCCGUCUCGUUCGACACCUUCCUGUCCGACCUCGAGCACAACCUCGUCUCGCACCCGUCGUCGCACGUCGGCGAGAUCGGCCUCGACCGCGCGUUCCGCAUCCCGAACCCGCCGCACAUCGCUGCCGACAAGGCCAACUCGAGAAACUCGGACCUCGCGACGCCGCUCGCGCACCAGGUGCGGGUCGUCGAGGCCCAGGUCGACCUCGCCAUCCGGCUCGGGCGCAACAUCUCGCUGCACUCGGUGCGCGCGCCCAAGGAGACGGUCGACAUGCUGCAGGGCUUCAAGGCCAAGGGCGAGGGGUGGAAGAGGCUGCACGUGUGCCUGCACUCGUUCGGCGGCAGCCCCGAAUCGGCCAAGCAGAUCCAGAAAGCGCACCCCAACACGUUCUUCUCGUUCGCGACCAUCAUCUCGGGCCGCUCGCCGCACUUUCACUCGCUCCUGCGCGCCAUCGAGCCCGACCGCCUCCUCGUCGAGAGCGACUAC